GUUACAGAUAUUAUGUUACACAAGUAAGCCGCACAAUUUUGUGUCCGCAUAUUUUCUACAUUAAUUAGCGGAAUUGAAUUCCUACAAAGAAACGAAAUAUCAUUCGGGCAUGAGCUUGGUGAGCGGAUGUCAGUGGCCGGCCGCGCUGUCUGAGGCAGGAACUGUCUUCGCCUCCUCGAACGCUGGGAUCGUGGGUUCGAAUCCCACUCCAGAUCCCCCCGUCGCGUCUGCCCCGCGGCCGUUGGAGAAGCAAGCCUCCAUGCAGGUUCGCAAGGACCAGACAGCCGUGCUGCCGUGUUACGUCGAGGGGAACCCCCCACCUGCAAUCAGGUGGUUUCGCCAAGACCAUCACCAGCUGCGCGCCCUUGCAGAAGCAGACGACCGCAUAUACAGAGCAGGGGAAUGCCUGAUUAUCCAGCACGUUGUGGAGAGUGACGCUGGGCGGUGGGUAUGUGUGGCCAACAACACCGCAGGGGUGGAACGCAUGGACGUCGUCCUACACGUCACGUCGCCUCUAAACGUUGUCAUACAACCAUCGGGGCAGCUCACCGUGGAUGUAGGAGGCAAAGCAACACUCACUUGCCACGUCAGUGGGUCCUCCCCUCACCUUCCUGCCACGCGAACCUGGCUGAAGGAUGGACACGUCGUUGGUCCUGGAGGGGAGGCUCUCGUCCUCGAGAAGGUGCAGAGGGAGGACGCUGGCAUGUACCAGUGUCUGGUACGCAGUGAGGACGACAGCGCGCAGAGCUCUGUGCAGCUGCGAUUGGGAGGUGAGUCACCGCACUGCUGAAAUCGCAUUAAACUAUCCCUGUAGCGGACCGUGGAGGCUCAUAGGUUUCUGAGGCGUCGACGUUAUCAGCCAUAUGCGCCGGCCUCCCUUUACCUCCAGAAAGAUUCCUGGUACUCAUUUCUGUUAGAGGCUGAGUUGACUCCAGGGCC